UUUUCCAUUGAAAAUAAUAUGGCUUGGCGUUGUUCAGGUAUACAAUUUUAUAAGCCUUGUCUAGUAUUCUCACUCUUAUGAAAGGAGUAACAAACGAAGCACUUGUUGAAAACCUUUUAGGUGCAGGUAUCAUCAAGAAUCAAAGAGUGGUAUCUGCUAUGAAGAAAGUGGACAGAAAGGACUUUUGUCCUCGGUAUCCUUAUGAAGAUUCUCCUCAAACGAUUGGAUAUGGUGCAACCAUCUCAGCUCCACAUAUGCAUGGAUAUGCUCUAGAAAACUUGGAGCAGUUUCUUCAACCUGGCAUGAAGGCAUUGGACAUUGGGUCUGGUUCAGGCUAUCUUUGUGCUUGUAUGGCAGCCAUGGUUGGUUCUACUGGCAAAGUUGUUGGCGUUGAACAUAUUCGAGAACUUGUUGAUUCUUCUACACGCAAUUUAAAAAAGAGCCACCAAGAUUGGUUAGAUAAUAAUCAGAUCGAAGUCAUUGAAGGUGAUGGAAGACUUGGUUAUGAAAAAGAAGCACCUUAUGAUUGCAUUCAUGUAGGAGCUGCUUCACCUUCUACACCUGAGAAAUUGAUUGAACAACUGAAAGCACCAGGAAGAUUGUUUGUACCUGUUGGCGCAGAUUCACAAUACAUUAUGAUCUAUGAUAAAGACAAAGACGGCAAUUUGCAUGAAAAGAAGUGGAUAGGUGUUAUGUAUGUUCCUUUAACAGAUGCAAAAAGUCAAAAAAACAAUAUUUAUCUUUAAAUAAACUUGAUGCCAAAUAGUGUGCAUUGUUUCUUUGGUCUAUGGA